GGACAUCUUCGGACUUCGAGAAAAUGGAGAUGCAAAGUACGGUCGGGAUUUUCUUGUUAAAAACAACCGUGGCAGUGGUACCAACCAAAACAAUUUAUGUUUCCAGAACCCACCUGCGCAGAGUUGUCGUUCCUGUGCCGGUCGUGAGGAUCAAAAUGAAAUGCAAGGCAACAACUUUUUCCGUGACUAUUAUGUGGACGCGUGGCUGCAGUACGAAGACGCUUGGGACGAGUUCGAGAAGGAAGUUAUGAAAUGCAAAUAUGUCUGGGUCUGGAAGAUUCUAAACUUGUGAUGCUGUCUCUGGAUUCUAAAAAAAAUUGCAUUGCAUGACCAGCAAGAGGACUCCAGUUUCUGCCACGCGGAGAGGACAUUUCUCGUGCGGUAGAGGCAUCACAAAGCCCUCGAAAAAGCUGUGAUGCUAGAGCAUGCAUCAGAGCAGACAUCAUGGGCCAUUCAGAAUAUGCAUGACAAGCCUGGCAAUCCCGCAGACCCAGACAUUUUUGCAUUUGAUAGAAGUGAGUGGCAAACAACAGCAAAUCCGGCUUCUCAGCGACAUCCCGUUUCCGCCCGGACACACGAAUCCGCGGACAUCGCUGCUGACCCGCGCCACGAACCAGAUUUCAGCGAAGGAUGCUUAUUACAAACUGGUGCUCCGGUACCACCCGGACAAGUUUCUGCCGAAGUUUGGACAUCGGGUUUAUUGUGGCGCCCCAACUGGUCUUCAUCCAAGCGAAAGCGAGAAGGAUGAUAUUAAUGCAGAGAACAAUCUGGAAAGAGAAAUUGUGAAAAAAAUCGAACAGAUUUGCCAUCGUUUGAACCAAGAAUGGAAAGGAAAACAUCACCUCGUCCAGGGUAAGAAUUGUACGUAGAUGCGAUCCAGGGGAAAGACCUUCGUGAAAUACAAGGACUUCGCUUCGUAGUAAUGGCUCCACCUCCGAAAAUUAGAGGUGAAAGAAGGACGCCUUCAUGUAAU